UUCCCCCUUUUUCUUUUUUUCGGGUCGCUUUUGUUGUCUUCCGCAACGGAAUCAAAAUGUCAUUCAUCCAACCACCUAUCUCUCACGUCCCCCCAUUGAACAAUUCAUCAUCACUUCUAUUCUCACCACCUUCUUUCAUCUCAAGCCCGUCCAAUAGCUGGUUCUCAGAGCCUCUCGACAGAGUUUGAUACUCACUCGUGGUUCUCCUGCUAUCACUUCUCCUCCCAUCACUUCUCCCCCCCGCGCUCACGUCACGUCCAUUCGCUAUGCGCUCCGUCACUCUUUUGACAUUAUCCUUUGGACUCUGUUCCGCACUCGUUCAGGCAGGAUCCUGUUCGGUCAGUAACGGUCUACCCAAAUGUGCUCGAAAAUGCUUUAAAGCAGCUCAAAAUUCAACGGCAUCAUGUUCUGGAACACGUAUAGAUCUGGCAUGUCUAUGCUCUCAAGCUAGUGUGGCUGCAGAUAUCUCUUCAUGUCUCGACUCAGCUUGCAACACUGUCGACCUUCAACCUGCAGCGGAGUACGGUAAAGCUCUCUGUGCCGCCGCAGCUGCCAACGGGACGGCAUCAACUUCCCCUAGUGGAGCAAUCAGCGCGUCCUCAGCCAUCAUCUCUGCUUCUGCGUCUGCAUCUGCCUCUGCGACAGUCUCGGGUUCAGCCGAAGGUACCAUGACGACCCUUCCGAUUGCAGAUGAGAACUAUGCUUUGCCUUCUGUUUCGGCAUCCGCUUCAUUCUCUGAUUGGAUGGGCGAAGCUUCAGCCUCGGCCUCCCCUUCAGCCUCAUGGUCCUGGUCAGAAUCCGCCUCAUGGUCUGAGUAUGCGUCUUGGUCUGAUUACGCAUCUGCAUCAGCAUCCGCAUCUCCAUCUGCAUCACCUUCCUCCGACCUCUUGGCAGACGCUAUCGCUCCUCCUGCAGUAUCAUCAAGCACAACCAACCGCUUGACUAUGCCGACUGUGGCGCUUGCUCAAGCUCAAAACUUGCCAGUCACCACUAUCACCACCACUGGAUCUCCUUCGGCGACUCCAUCAGGGACAUCAGAGGAUAUCGCUGGAUCGACAGGAGGCGCAGGGAGAAUCAGUCAACCGGCUUGGCUGACCCUGGGUCUGGCCGGCGUCAUCACAAUGCUAGCCAUUUGAGCGCGGAGUUCCGGGACCCUGUUUGACACGACUCUGGUUCCCUGCGGGAACCGAGUCACAAUUCUAGAUCCUGACUUUUACACUCUGCGAGUACAGUCCAAACUGCAUUUUGUACGGGUUACAAAAUUCAGAAAGAGCAUUCAUCGUCACGAUUCAUCAUGCAAUAACGUCCA